AUACAUACUUACAUAUUUAUAUCAAGUAAUAGAAUAUAACACGUUCUUUUCUAGUUUAUAGGCAUAUACAAUAAAUGUUUAGAUAUUUUAUCAUCACUAUUAAUAUUUGAUUAUAAUAUACUAUUCAAUAAUAAACAGUUUAUAUGACUUGAAGCAAACUAUCUUCAUAUUAUACACACUUGCAUAUUAUUACUAUUAUAAUCAUUUGUGCAAAAGAGACAUAAUUUAUGUAUCGAUAAAAAAUUUGUGCUAAAUGGACUAAAAUUGAAUCAAGGAUAAUGAAUUCAUUACUACUACUUAUAUGGUUCAUAAUAGCCUAUAUAAUUGUCGGUGCAUCCAGUGAUAGUUUUUACUUUACUGUCAGUCCAAAUGACCAAGAUGUUGAAGAAGGACAACCAUUACGUUUGAGAUGUGCUGUAACUCCAUCAAAAGAUAUUUAUUACUCAUGGUUACAUAAUGGUACACGUUUACAAUUGGAAAAAGAGAGUGGUCGACGUUACCUUGAAGUGGAUAGUAAUUUACAGAUUUUACAUGCUGAUCGUGAAUUAGAUCCUGGUACCUAUCAAUGCCAAGCGUUGAACCGUUCUUCAACUUUCACGACAGCUAGCAGAGAAGCAAAAGUAAACAUUUACUGGAUGGAUCCAGAUGUUCAUGUAUCUCUAAUUAAACCAUUACGUUAUGAAGAUAUUCGUUUAGGUGAAGAAGUUGAAUUAACAUGCAAUGUUAAGGCAAACCCACCAUUAAGUCCAGCAAAUAUUAAAUGGUUUCACAAUGGGAAUGCGCGUUUACCAAAUACAGAAUUUCGAAGUAAUGGAAAUUUACGUAUAGCAGUUUUUGGUAUUGAACACACAGGAAGUUAUCAUUGUCGUGUUAUACAUGCAGCUGGUAAAUUAGACAGCAGGCCACCAUUUUUAAUUCAAAUGACAAGAGACGAUCCUCCAAAAUUAAUUACUGAUUUGGUAAAUCAUGAAUUUUCAAAAUUUGUUAUGCGUGGCCGUUCAGUUGAGUUGGAAUGUCCUCAACCAGGUGUACAAAAAUCAGCGGAUACUAUAGCUCCAAUUACAGUAUGGGGAUUAAUGCCACGUUUAGGAGAGCAACAACAACCUGUAUCAACUUUAAGAGAUAUUCAAUUUGCAGAUCAAGAUACAAAAUUAGUUAUCAGUAAUUUUGAUAUCCAUCAUGUGAGCUUUUACACAUGUGAAAUUAGUUGGCCUAAUUCACCAGAUCGAUAUAUUUUUCUUUUUCAAGUUGAAUUAGCUGCUCUUUAUUAUCCAAAGCGAUCGAAUUUUUCACCUCGUCUAAAAAAGAAUCAACCAUUUAUUGUUCGAAUCAAUGAAGAUGCAAAUUUACGUUAUUAUUCUGAUGAAUCACCAUCGAACUCAUUUGUUACCGAUCAAAUCUCAAAUCCAACACCAAAAAUUAUAUGGCAUAAAAAAGAUGAGCAUCAAUCAAUUCCUAUUUGGCCUCCAAUUUCAUCAUCUUCAAUGAUAGAUGAAUCAAAGUUAAAUGGUCCAAGACCUAGAAUUUAUGCUUUACGUGGACGUCAUUUAGUAAUUCAUUCUGUUACUGAAUUAGAUUCUGGAUCAUAUGAAAUGAUUUUAACGAAUAUCGCUGGUCGUGCAUCUAUUGUCUUUGAUAUUUUAGUUAAUUUUCCACCUGAAUUCUACCAACCAUUAACUCAUGAAGAACAUGCUUUAGAUGAAGACAGUUCCAUUACACUAGAUUGUGGUAUUAAAAAGCGUUCAAUUCCAGGAAGUAUUGUCUAUUGGGAAAAAGAUCAACGUGUUUUAGAAAAAUACACCAAUAGUCUUAUGGCUUUAGAGAAUAAUGGUGAAACUUUACGAUUUCCUGAAUUGAAACCCGAAGAUCAAGGUCAAUACCAAUGUUUCGUUCAAACAGAUGGAUAUAAGGAAAGAUGGUCUGGUCGUGAACAAACCUUAAUUGUUAAAGCUAAACUGCAAUUUUUACGUGAAUUUCGUGAACAUUUUCUUGAAAUUAAUAUGCAAGGACGAAUACCAUGUAAAGCUAGAGGUUAUGGUACAGUGACUGUUGAAUGGUUUCGUAAAGUUGGUCCACAUUCUAGUGAUUUGCAAAGAAUUCACCCACCUAAUCAAGUAGAAGGCGGUACUUUAAUUAUCCAUUAUGUACAAAAACAUGAUGCCGGUGAUUAUGUAUGUAUAGCUAAGUCAACAUAUAAGAAUGCUCAAAUUAAUAUGACCGUCAGUGUUAUUGUUGGAGAAAAACCUCAAAUAUCACAAAUCAGUGCAAACCAAACAAUUCGCGUCGGUAAUCAAGUUAUACUUAAUUGUCAUGCAUCAGGUGAUCCACAUCCGCAAAUUAGUUGGAUAGUUAAAAAACCCGGUUAUAAAAUUCCAAGUGUUUAUACUCCAUUAGUUGAUAAUGAAUUACUAAUUCCCCAAUCUACUGAUUUAUCUGAUUCAAGUCGAUCAGCUGAUAAUCAUUUACAAGAACAACAAUUUCUGCAACCACCACAGUCUAGUUCAAGUUCUUCAUCAGUUUCGAUUGAUCAUAAUUUAAACAGUGCAUCUACCGCAGAUGCUGUUGUAGCUGCAAUUUCAAGAAAUAUGCAAACAAAUGGAGGACGUAUAACAGCGUUUUCAAAUGGUAGUUUAAUUAUUAAACAAGUGCAUUUAUCAGAUCAAGCUGAGUAUAUAUGCGUUGCCGGCAAUAAACAUGCUAUCAAAACUCGUCAAGGAGUAUUUGUCAGAGUCCUCACUCCGGAAGAAUAUACUCGACAACAACUUGGUGAAGAUGGUACAAAUACUGGUAUGAUGAAAACUAUUUUUAUAGUAGUUGGAUGUGCAGUUGCCUAUUUAGGCUUAAUUAUUGGAUUAACAACAUUCUGUAGUGUUCGUAUGGUACGUACUCGACGUAACCGAUCACGUAAAAGUGGUGGCAAGUUACAUGAAAAUGGUCAAUUACUUAAUCCUUUGAAUGAUCCUAGUAAUCCUAAUGGUGGCAAAAGAGGAUCACAAGGAAGCGGCGGGGGUGGCGCUGGGACUGGUAAUAUGGAGUGUGGUUUAUUAUUAGGAGGCGGUUGCACAUCGGGGAUAAAUACAACUGCAAAUGCAUCUCUUAGUCAACUACCUCAUUAUGGUCGCCCCGUGUUGACUAGUGCAUCUGGCACACGAAGUGGAACAAGUUAUCCUGAUAGUGGUACUUUACCACAUCCUUUAAUGUGCACAGAACCUGGGUCAAAUCAGAGGCCAAAUAUUUCAGUAAAUGAUACGAAAUGCUGGUGGCCUAUAAGUGACAAUGCAUACUAUGGACAAAACGAUGCUCAAGCCAAACUACUACAGUCAGCCGGUGCUGCCGGACCAAUAGAUGGAUUCGCUAAUCCUUUGACAGAUAUUGGAGAUCUUAACGGUCACUCAUAUGUCCAUGGACACUCUAUGAUGAGUCCGUCAUGUAAUCUUAUGUUUUCGGCGCACAAAGGCACUAGUACGGGUGUGGCUAGCAGUACAAUUGCUACAACUACAUCUGAAUCACAUCUUGUCUCUGCACCACCACCAACUCCGCUUGAUUCACGAUCACAUUUUAGUGGAGUAUCUUCUGGUAAUUCAACUAGUUUGUACUCUCGUUCCCUUUUAAGUGGUGCUUCUAAUUUCGGAUCACCUCCCAAUCAAAUGGCUUCACAUGUGAAUAGCUUGAAUCAAUAUGAUCAGUCAAAUGCAUUGCACACUAUUAGUCAAACAGAUCGUAUGAAUUAUCCACGUUGUGAACUACAAAUGGAAGGAAUUCUAGGGAAAGGUGAGUUCGGUGACGUAUUCUUGGCACGUGCUCGUCAUAUACAAGAAGGUGAAGCCCAAUCCUUAGUAUUAGUCAAAUCAUUGACUUCAUGUGAUUCAGUACAUAUUAAUGAGUUUCAUCGUCAAUUAGAAUUGUUUGGUCAGUCUGAUCAUGAUUAUGUUACACGUUUAUUAGGGGUAUGCAUGGAACAAGAACCAUUCUAUAUUUUGUUAGAAUAUUGUGAAUGGGGUGAUCUAAAACAAUUUUUACGUUGUAUGCGUGAAGAGAAUUCAGCAUCACUUAAAAUGCCACAUUUAACUUGUACACAAAAGAUGAGUAUAUGCAAACAAUUAGCUCUUGGUAUGGAUUAUUUAGCUCAUAUGCAUUGUGUUCAUCGUGAUUUAGCAGCUAGAAAUGUACUCUUAACUCAAGGUUUAGAAGUGAAAAUAUCAAGUCUUGGCUUAGCUAGAGAUGUUUAUGCAAAUGAAUAUUAUCGUUUACCUAAUACAGAGCAAUUCAUACCAUUAAGAUGGUUUGCACCAGAACUUAUUCAUGAAAUAACAACUAAUACAACAAUGAAUACAACUGCACGACAUGUGUCAUUAUGUAAUGGACAUGAAAAUAAAUCACUGAAACAAUUAGCUAAUCCAGCUAUACCCUAUUCUACACAAUCCGAUGUUUGGGCAUUCGGUGUAUUAGUUUGUGAAGUCUUUUCAUUAGCAGCACUUCCUUUAGCUAGAUUGUCUGAUCAAGAAAUUAUUGUUGCUGGUCAACGAACAGCUAUGCUACUAAGUAACACUAGUGGUUUUACUAAAUCAAAACUUAACACUACCGAUUCAUCACCAUUGAAACCGGAUUUAGUUGCUGAUAUACCAAGUGAAUUAGGUAAUUUAUUAAAUCGUUGUUGGUCUCCAACACCACAACAUCGACCUACAUUCAGUGAAAUUGCUAUUAUUAUACGUGAUCUUGCUGCAUCAUAAUUUCAUUUACACUCUUUUUCCUUCAAUUUUUUCUCUCACAGUUUUUUUUUGUGUUCAUUUAUCUAUGUUCAAAUCAAUUACUAUAAUAGUAAAUUCCACAGUAUGACGAUGGUGAUGAAAAAAAAAGAAGAAACUAAUUGUUCAUUUUGUAAUCACAAACAAUAUAGACAAUUUUCUAAAAUUUUCAGCCUUUUUUUUUACUUUUUAUUUAUUUAUUUACAUUCUUUCGAGUUAGUUCUAUUCAUUUUUGAAUAUUCAAACCACCCCCGCACCGGCCAGAUUGUUAUUUAUUUCAUGUCAAUAAAACAGUAGUUACUAUAUUAUUCAUUAUCAUAGUUGCAUUAUUGAACGUGUAUCAUAAUAAAAAUACUAAAGAAUUUUAAUUUGAACUAAAUUACUCAAUUCAAAUAAAGCACACUUAAUUAACCUUUCAUAAUUAUAUGUAUUUAGGUUGAUUAAAAUACAUUCGCUUAGUUACUAUUCAUUAUAUAUAUAUAUAUACAUUGUUUACGAAUCGAAAUACAACAUCUUAAACUCUUUUCUUCAUUUAUUCUCAUCUCAAUUGUUUUCAUUAUCAUCUUCAUUAUGAAUAUAAGUAGUAUAAGUUGUUAGUUGUAAAAAAAAAAUAGAACAAAAGUUGAUGUGUUUUUUCUUUUCAUUCGGUUUUCUUUUUUCUUUGAUUCAUAUAUUAAUGAAAAAUCAUUAAACUUUUGUUUUCUUUUUCUCUUUAUUUUAAUUUUUUUUAAAUAAUAUUUAAUGCCAAUCAUUUAUUUUAUUUUUCUCUUUUUAAUUCUAUUCUCUAAAUUCAAUGUUCUCAUUUUAUUAAAUUUUAAAAUGAUAUGUAAUUUUAUACUAUUAAAACAAACUAAUAAUAAUGAUCAAUGUAUAAUAGACUUUAAAUAUAAUUAAUACUGACCUGUUCUACAGUACCUUCACUAUUGUUCUUUUAAUUCUUUUUUUUUAUGAAUUGUAUUGACUAACUGAAUUAUGUUAUACAUCAUUAUCAAAGUGUACAUAUAAAAUAUUCAAAUAAUUAUGGGCAUAUAUACUGACAUAUAUUUUAUAUUUCCUUCUCUGUUUACAUUUACCGGAUAAUACUACUAAUGAUCAUAAUUGCUCUCAAUUGAAGAUUUUUGUUAUUUCAACUCUUUGAAUAAUUUUUCUUUCUUUCAUCUAUUAUUUACUUACAAAUUUUGUGAGUAAUAAUAAACUUAAUUCAUUCAUGAGUCAUUUAUUUACCCCGGUUUACUUAUUUUCAAAGGAUUCAUAUUAUUUUCACUUUCAUUAUGAUGCUUGACAUCUGUAUUCAAUAGAUUUAAUUCAUCUGUGAAUAUACCAAUAAUAAAUGGUGUCAAAUUUUUUUUUCCUACAAAUUGUACAUUUCAUGUUAUAAAAUUGAUGCCAAUACUACUAAUAAUAAUGAUAGUAUUAAUAGUGCAUAUCAUAUUGCAGCACUUUUUUUUCCAUUAUCAAUACUGUAUCAUUAUCAGAAAUAUGCAUUUUAAUUAUCUACAAAUAGACAUGCUUUCCUUCUGUAUGCAUUAUACAAUGCAUCUCUUUGUUUUCUUCAUUCUGGCCACAUUUUAUUUGUUUGUUUGUUUUUUGUUUAGGUAAAGAGUUCAGCUUUAUUUGUCAUUACAAUAUAAUAAAACGUUUGUAUUGCUUCUAUUUUAUACCAUAUCUUCAUUUAUCUAUUGUAUUCUCUAUUUCUUCAAUAGCCUACUUAAUAAAACAAUAAAACAGAAACAAAACCACAUUGUUUUUUUUUAUAGGAAUAAAUUAAUUAUCAUUCAUUGAAACAAAAAUGUUCAUAUUUUUAUUUUCUUCUUAAUUGUUUCCAUCUUUUUUUUCUUUUCGAUGACUUUUGUUAUCGCCUUAUUAUUGUAUUUCUCAUCAUCUUAUAUUAUAAAUAAUCUUUGUUACAUCAUAACCAUAUUAUAUUCUUCUAUGAUUUUGUUUAUACAGUUUCUUUCUAUUUCUUUAUAAUAUAUUUAUUAACACUGACAACAAAACAUUUACUGUCUAUUUAGCAUUUUAAAUUAUCUUUUUAAUUAACUACUUUUCCCCUUGUCUUUAUUCUCUUAAUUCUUUUGUAUAUUACAUAACAAUUAUUGAAGAUUGGUGAAUGAAUGAAUGAAUAAUAAUAAAAAAAAUCGAUAGGGUUUCUAGAAAAAGAACCAAAUCAAAUACAUGCAUAUAUUACUUCACCUAUAAUGAUCUCAAUUUAUCUUUCUUCUUUCUGUAUUUCAACAAGUUUUCUUUCUUAAUUGAAAUCGAGAUAAAAAUCAUAAUUCAUUAUUACCAUUUAUUAUAUUGUUAUUAUUAAUUUACAAAUAAAUUGCUUUUGUUUACUCAUUUAAUAAAUAAAAAAUAAACCCUACAGUGAUAAAACACAAAAGACUUGAGAAAUGGUAAUGAAGUAUAUGUAUAAUAAAAGCAAAAUGUUUUGUGAAAGAAUUGUUUCUUUUCACUAAAUAUAAAAACAACACAGUGUAAGAAAACUAAAAUAAAACAAAUAAUUCGAUCAAUAAUAAUAAUAAUUAAUAAGUAGUAAGUGUAGGAAGCGAUUUCCUACAGGUUUAACUCUAAGCUAUUUUCUCUCUAGACCGCCGAGCACGGAGUCUUGGUUUAGCCAAAGUCAGAACAAGUAAGCUAUUUGACUUGAUAAACUUCAUCUGUUUCUAAAACACAAAUUAACACCGUUAGUGUACAAAAUAAACAAAACAGCCUUUCAACACAGGGAAAAACAGAGACAUAAACAACAGUAACUAGAACAUAGGAAAAAUGAGUCAACAAGGUAAAUAUUCUUUUAUAAUGAACAUAAAAUUGUGAUUGGUAAAUAAACAAGACAUAGUCAUACAAGGUCAAAGAAAGUUAAUGUGGUGGUAGGCGUUUCACUUUAUCAUAAAUGAGUUCGUUUAUCGAUUACACCUUACAGUAAGUGUUUUAUAAAUUUAAUUAAUAGAAAAUAAAAAAAUAGAAAGUUUAGAUUUAUGUUCAUUAAUAUUUUUUCACAUGAUCACUGCCAAAGUAGAGUUACUAUCCACAUUGUUAAGAAAAUUUAAUAAUAUAAUGGAAUGAUCAUCUACUAAACAAUAAUCGGUACUUUUUCACAAAUAGUUUGUCUAUCAAAAUGCUGAAAUUAAGCGAAUUUUUAUAUGUACUUUGAGAAUUUUAUUACCAUUGUUAGUAAUUGUGAAUACAGACAAGGUAAAUUAUGGGUUUAUUCGGUGAGAUCAUAAUCUGUGGACAAACCAGUCAAAUAUAAGAUAACAGGUUUUAGAUUUUGGUGAGAAAUUCAUUUGGCUAAAUAGCAUUUUGGCAUUUUAGCUUAUGUUAGUUCGUGAUGAAAACUUUAAAUCUAACUCCUAAUCCUAUUCAUCAACUGUAAAUCUUGAUCUCAAUUCGUCACACUGAUUUGUAAUCUUCAUUUAGCCCUGGUGAGUAGGUGAACAUUUUCAAGGUCACUUGAGUCACUCAAAGGUUGUUCAUAAAUUAAAGUCACCUUUUCCGUUAUUCAAACGACCGGACGUAUUUCUUUAAACAAUCUGUCUCAUUGAGUUCUGAAUCUACAACCGGUUCGGCAAAACUCUGAAACGUCUAAGAUAAACAAACUUACAAUCUACUUAAGAGACCGAUCUUCACUAAAGUCCAGAAAAUAACUACUAAUCAACUAAUGGAAUGAAUAAGUUACUUCUCCUAUGCAGGUCAAUUAAAAUAGUCUUUCUUAACUGAUGACAUUACUGGUCAUUUCACUUCCCGUUCUAAGUGUUAAAUAAUGUAGGAUUAUGUGAAAAGCAGUUUCAAAAAGUAUAAGGUUCUUAAAAAUAAAUAUUCUUAUUACCUUCUAUUCAUACCAUUAGAACUGACAUGGAUCAUAUAAAAUGUAUGGCAAAUCUUGAUUGAUGCUUAAAAUUUUGGUACAGAAUACAACUCGUUCUUCUUUCGUCCCUCAUUAGUUCUAUAAAUACCAGAUAAUUAAAAAAUAAUAAUAAAGAAGAUUACAUUGAUCCUUAUGGGCGAUUAACAAUAAUGUAGUUGAUUCAUGGCAUAUAAGUCUUUUACGAAUCUAUUUUAAGUGGUUGAUCACUAUAAUGAAAUCCUGAAGUACCAUAACAGAUGAAUUUGAGCUUCAGUUUGAUAUUUUGAAUUGUAAACACUUGAUUCAUUGAUGAACAUUACUCAGGAAGAAGGUAUUUUAGUUUUAUUAAUUAACUGAUUGGUAAGAACACCGAUCAUUCAUUUUGUAUUAAAUCCACUUGGGAACUUAUUAGUUGCACUAGUUACUGAUUUCGCAUACAGAAUCUUGGAGAAGUCCCAUACUAUGACAAAACGUUCGUCAAGUGCUUCUAGAUUUUCAUAAGUGGUUUAAUAUUAAUCAUUUUAUGAUCUCGAUAAAAAUAAUCAUUUCAUAUUGUUUGUUUUUCUACUUUAAAAUUGUCUAAAUAUUCAACUUGUUCAUAUGCAUCAAAAAAUUCAUAACUAUAACUUCUUCCAACUCCGCCUGGAGUCCCUCCGGGGGCCACUGCCGGACCCAAGCCCGGAUAAAGGACGGAGGGUGGGCAUGGGGUUAGCGUCAUCAUCCCGUAGAAAACUAACUCGCUAAAAAAACGCUAACCAGAAAGAAUUAUUCAAACCUUUUAACUUUUGCCCUGGGAGUCAGAAGGUCUUCAUUUAGAAGAACUAUGACGCCUCAUGAUGAAAGCCGAAUUCCUUCGGAAGUUACGAGGCAAUUUAUUAAGGUACAUGGAAUGUUCGUACAAUGUGGGACACCGGGAUAGCCUUUCAAAUUGCUGCAGAAAUGAGAAGAUACAACUUAGAGGUAAUUGGGAUCAGUGAAACACAUUGGACGCAAGUUGGACAACAACGACUAACUUCAGUAUAGCUUCCGUUAUACUCCGUCCAUGAAGAAGAAAAUGCCCCACAUACACAAGGAGUUGCAUUGAUGCUGUCCAAACAAGCACAAAAUGCACUUAUAGGAUGGGAAUCUCAUGAACCAAGGAUCAUCAAAGCCUCGUUCAAAACAAACAGAGGGCAUUUCAAUGAACAUCAUUCAAUGCUAUGCACCCACGAACGGUUACAAUGAAGAUGCUAAAGAUCAAUUCUACAAUAGGCUGCAGUCAAUCAUCGAGAAGUGCCAAACAAAGGACCUGACCAUUCUGAUGGGAGAUUUCAAUGCCAACGUUGGAACAGACAACACUGGAUAUGAAAACAUCAUGGGACGACACGAACUGGGAGAAAGGAACGAAAAUGGUGAGAGAUUUGCAAACCUAUGUGCCUUCAAUAAACUGGUCAUAGGCGGCACCAUAUUCCCACACAAACGCACUCACAAAACCACAUGGACUUCACCGGAUCACACUACACAAAACCAAAUCGACCAUAUUUGCAUCAACAAAAAGUUCAGGAGGACGAUGGAAGACGUGAGAAUCAAGAGAGGAGCUGAUAUAGCAUCACAUCAUCAUUUGCUGGCCGCCAAGAUGAAAAUGAAACUCAAGAAGCACUGGACAACGGGGCGGACAAUAUCACAAAAUUUCAAUAUGGCCUUUCUUCAGGAUACUAACAAAUUCAAGUUAGUCCUCAGCAAUAAGUUCCAGGCCGGAUUGCGUAAGGAUAUAUUCUGUACAGAACAAAUCUCAAUUCUACGGAUCAUUGUGGAACAAACAAUUGAAUGGAAUUCGUCACCCUACAUCAACUUCAUUGACUACGAAAAGGCAUUUCAUAGCGUGAACAGGACAACACUAUGGAAACUUCUUCGACACUACGGCGUGCCUCAAAAGAUAGUCAAUAUCAUACAGAAUUCAUAUGAUAGAUUACACUGCAAAAUCGUGUAUAAAGGACAGUUGAAAAAGUCGUUCGAAAUAAAGACCGGUAUCAGGCAAGGCUGCUUACUCUCACCCUUUCUCUUUCUCCUGGUGAUCGACUGGAUCAUGAAGACGUCAACAUCUGAAAGGAAGCAAGGGAUACAAUGGACAUCUAGGAUGCAAUUCGACUAUCUAGACUUCGCAGAUGAUCUGGCCCUUCUAUCCCAAACGCAACAACAAAUGCAGGAGAAGACGACCAGUGUGGCAGCAGCCUCAACAGCAGUAGGUCUCAAUAUACACAAACGGAGAAGCAGGAUUCUCG